AUUCAUUCACAUUCAGCUCAUUCUUCAAUUCGCUGGCAAGAGCGCAGUGCAACAACCGCCUCAAUUAACGGCGAGUCCAGCCUCAAAUAACGACAAUAAUGCUAAAGGAGCAGGACCCGAUGAUCGAGCUCCUGCGGGAGUGGAUCAUGUCGCCCGUGGGCGACCAACAGGAGCUGCGCGUAUCGGUUCUCGAGGUGUUCAGCUACAUGAGCGAGCUCAUGGCCGAGCACGCGGAGAAUCCCGAGCGUAGUCGCCUCAAGAAGUUUUUGCCCCACCUCAAAAAGAUUUUCCUGCCAUUGGACCUCACACGGGCCGCUCUUGAGUACGACGCCAGCACGCACUUCCUGGCGCGCAAGCGCGUACCGCCGACCUUCAAGGAGGUGCGCCACAUCCUCAACCUGGCGACUACCAACGCUAUCGCCGGCAAGCUCAAACUCGUAACUUUUGACGCCGACGAUACCAUCUAUGAAGACGGCGGCACUAUCAGCAAAAGCUCGAGGAUGGUCCAGGUCAUCGUGGAGUUGCUACGUCGAGGCGUCGUCGUAUCCCUUGUCACAGCGGCAGGAUAUCCAGGCAACCCUGGGAGGUACGAGGAGCGUCUACGAGGUAUUUUGGAGGCGCUUGAGGACGUGACGAUGGAGGAGCGAGCGCGGUUUCUGGUCAUGGGAGGCGAGUGCAAUUAUCUAUUUGAGACACACACAGACAAGACAACGGGCGUUGUGGGACUGCGUGAGAUCGAUGGCGCAGUCUGGAAGGACGGGAGGGGAGAGCGCUGGCCGGAGAACCAAGUGACAGCGCUACUGGAUGCAGCAGAAGUUGUACUUAAGCGAACAGUCAAGGAACUGCAUUUGUCAGCCAGAAUUCUGAGAAAAGAGCGCGCGAUCGGGAUCAUUAACACGUCGAAGAAGCGGAUUCUGUACGAGAAUUUGGAGGAGAUCAGUCUCACAUUGCAGCACGAGUUGCGGCACUUCAGAGUCCCGUUUUGUGCCUUUAACGGCGGUAACGAUGUGUGGGUGGACAUUGGCCACAAGGCACUGGGCAUUCAGGCACUGCAGAAGUACGUGUUCCGGUUCUUACCUGAGGAACUUCGCGAUAGUGAGGAGCUACGUAACAUCCAGGGCCAGGAAUGUCUCCAUGUUGGCGAUCGGUUCACUAGAACAGGCAACGACACUCGGUCGAGAGAUGCGGCCACGACAAUCUGGAUCUCCAAUCCGCAGGAGACUGUGCACAUUAUGACGAUUUUACUGCGCACAAUUGACCUCGUGAGGGAGCAGAAGAGGGAGCGCAGAGAGGAGAGAGAGAAGGAAAAGAAGGAGAAGAAAGCCAAAGCCAAAGCUUUGACAACAGCUACAGCUACAACGACACCGAGUGACGAUGGCAGCGACGUCACAAGCGACUCGAACGUUUCUAGCGAUGGCGAGAGCAGUGGCAGCAGUGACGAACGGGAGACCACAGUCAAGGCAGCUAUCCAGGCUGCCACCACUGCGUCACUCGCAGAGUAAAAUACUUGAUGAGGUUGUAAGUAUAAUAUGCUCGUUUUUUGUAAGUUAGCUGUGUAUUUCUACGUCUCCUGGUCUCAAUUCAUCGACAGGUAGGCUCGACAGCUUGGUUGGCUUUGCUGCAUUGUCGUGUUUAUCGAUUCCCAGCUCUCGAGCAACAACCUCUCGCAUUGAACCGAUCUGUGCGUUAAGAAGUUGAUGCUCUUCAUAUACGAUCUCCAUCAGCAACGGUGCGUCGUGAAGACGCUGGUCGCGAGCUCGAAUAAAGCGGAAAAGCUGACUGCAGUCCACGUUUUCAGCUAGCAACUCAUGCUGCGAGAUGCGAAGAAGCGCGAUUGCCAUCGAAAAGACAACCGACGAUCCUUCCAAGAAGAGAACGUCCAGGAACCGGAAAGUGGUCUCACUAGGGAAAACAGCGCAGCAGAGUGGUAGUAGCCAUUGAGUCACUAACACAAGACCCAUGGGUGGUAGGUGGAGACGCUGGAAAUGCCGAUGCAACUUCGGAAGUCGUGUUCGUAUGAGUUUCUCGAGCACACCGCCAUCCACUUGUAGCCCGAUCAUUCCUUGUGUGUAGUAGGACGGGAAAAAAUCCUCACAGAUCACAUGAAGCAGCCAAAAUACUCGCUCCUCGACUUCAAUGGGGUCGGUCGAUGCCUUUGCUGCCUGGGAGUGAUAGAGACACAGUAAUCGCCCUACGAUGAAAGUCAUCGAUUGACAGUAACCAAGAGCGUCGUUAUGCAAGGCAUAGGCCAGCAACACACGCUCCAAAGAGUUUUGACCCACGGGAGAUGUGAGCCAGCACUCGUCAUUACCAGCAAAUGUGCGCCUCAAGUCCACUUGGAUCUGCUUUUUGGAUACCGAAAAGCGCGAAGUUUUGGCCCUGGAAUGAACUUCAUCGGUCGGAUCUUCGAGACGCUUUAUCAAGCUAAUGAAAUAGUCUCCAGGGUAGCGGGUCUUCAAGAGCAA